AUGGGCAGUACAAGCACUGAUCUAUCCACUCUCGCUACUUCUUCAGCUCCUACAACUCCUACUAGCACAACAGAUACUCUCCCACCCCCAACUCAAGAUUACAUCUUGGAGGCCCCUGCCAAGAACAGCCCAAGCCCAACCAGUGAGAGCAGCAGCGAUGAAGAUGACACCCCUAAAGAAGACGAUUCAGACGAGAGCGAGGUCGAGGAGACAGAGGAUCACCGAAAGACAUCCUUAGGUGCUGGUGUCGAGAAGAUAAGCAGGCACAAAGAGGCCGUCCAUUGA